CUGGCCCAAUAUCGAAAUGACUCCCAGCUGCGCAUGACGGAAACUGUAGGUUCAGCACAGGGAUCUAUCGCGAUGAGCAGUAAUUAUGUCAUUUAAAUCCCACACAGACACGAAGCGAUGACAAGCAGGGUUGCUGUAUCAAGAGCUCGCGACCGUUUCACGGUGACGAUGGAAAAGACAUGGACAGUUGUUUUGCGAAUCACACCGUCUCACUAGGAUCUAUUGUUUGAAGCCGGUGACCAUGCUUCGAUUGCUGGAUUCCUCGGAAUUCAACGAGUGGUGGUCGUCUCUUCUAACCAAGGCGAGAGAUCACGCUCCAAGUGCCUUCAAAGUUAUUUGUAUGAUUUUCUCAAUCGUCGGUCUUGCUGCGACGUUUCGGUGGUUCCUAUCAACAGAGUUGUCUACAGGCACUUCUGAAUCUGUUUGUACGGCUUCGUCAACCGAGGGUUGUCCCUGGCAACACGUUUUGUCCGACCUGGCCAAUCGUCUGCAGCUUCUUGAAAUGGCGUUCAAAGAACAAGUAAUUGCACGUGAAUCCAUAGCCAAAGAAGUAAUCAACCAAUCAGACGUGAAUUCACACCUCAACGACAAAUUAGACAUUUUUCUCGAAAAGCUUGAGCUCAUAUCAAACAAGAAUCGUUUGUUGGAGGUCCGGCUUGAACAAGUUACUGCCAGAAUGCACUCAGAUGAGACUCUUGGUUUUCUUGUCAUGGUGUUCAUUAUGGUAGAGGUGAUGGUCAGACUGGAACCAAAGGUUAGAAGACUUUUGACUCCCUGGCGCAAUGGACCAGCACCAGCGAAAGAGGAAGAAAAGACAAAUGAUAACUGCCCUCAGGAACAAAAUAUCUCUUCGGUGUCAAAGAUGUCCUUGUUAGUAACUGGCUUACUGAGGCGGAAGUGUCCUGUUUUGCCACUAAAUGGUCAUUUGCCAUCUGAUAUUGUGGCGAGAAAAUCAUCUAACUCAUCCAACUCGACUGAUCCAGGUCGCAGGUCCCGCGUAGCAAAUGGUGUGAAUUAUUCACCGAAACACGGUAUUUCACUGCGUCCUGAACUGUGUGUCAUUUUGUUCAAGCGAGACAACAACAUCUCGUCCACGCUCGUUGAUGGGAUCAUAAAACACUUGGACGAUGGUAAAAUGGCGGAACGCCCUCACUACACAAUUGAAGGGAGCGAAACCUUGAGGCAGAUCCCCAGAGUGAAACUCUAUUUAGUAAUAUCCGAAAUGGAAGAAAAGUGUGGUCACAGUUUUUUGCGGCCACAAGACGUAGAACUUCACACGUCAGCAAUUCGCUUCAUGAAGUCUUUAGGGGCCAGCAUAGUUCUAGUGAUGACCAACGACGAGGGUUCCAAAAAACUAACAGCUCAUUCCAUGUAUAACACAAGCCUAAGACUUGUCCAAUCACACGAAGUGUUACAAGAACUAACAUCCAAUGGACGCGUGUUUAGCAUGUGGAGGGAACUGACGUCACACCAGCUGAGUCAUUUGAGAAAAAUUGUGAAAUCUGUAUUAAAUGUAAAGACGUCUGUUCGCUGAUGAAUUGUGACUCUUGACAGCCGAAACAAAUAUUGUACUAUCAUUUUGUAUCACCGUCUGGUAUCUGGUAAAAGAUUGUAUUAUUUGAAUGAAAUGAAAACGCCGAAUCAAAUGGAUGUCAAAAUGGUAAUCGGUAUACAGUAUUGGAAAAAGUUGGAAUAACAUUCUGGGAAGUAAAUUUAAGAAACGAGCAACAAAAAACCCCAAACAACCCCAUCACACCACCACCAUCACCACCACCACCACCAAAACCAAAACCCCAGACAGGUCCAGAAGAUAUCAGAGGUGAUGAUUAUAUGUGUUACUGAUGCGUUUACAUCCAAUGGAUGCGUAUACUUUUAAUGUAAUACGUUUGUUAUCUACACGAGUGACAGAAUUGUUUGAAAAAGAAGUUGCACCCCCCAUUUAAAGUCGAUGUCCACCCUUGAAGGAAUAACUACAAUUGAUAUAGAAAGAUGUGAAAACUAAUUUGUGUUUGUGUUAUUUGUAUCAUUACUGCCGAAAGAAACAGUUGCACAGUUCAUUGUGCCAUGUCCACGUAUACAUAACUUGAUGUUCCUAUUAUCAUUUUACACCCCUUGUUAAAAAAGCCGAUUUCCAUUCUUGAAGGAUUGAUUAUACUAGUUUAUACUUGGAGAAUGUGAAAACUGUUUUUUUUGUUAUUUAUUUUAAUCAUGGAUAAAACUAAAAAACCCCCAAAGCGUCACAGUUGAUUCAUUCUGCACCAUCCGACGGUGAUGGUACUAAGGAAUUGCAUGCUGAAGGAUUUGAAAAGAAGUUUGUGUAUUCGUUCGUAAUUAUCCAGUGUAUUAAGAAGAAAGUUCAAGUUACUGAGAAGAAAGUUCAAGUUAAUUGAAAAAACAACUUGUGACGUAUAUAAUUCUAUUCUACCUCUCUUGCUAAAUACGGAAAACAAUUUAUUUGGAGAAAUGCGACAUUAAAUUCAUCCAUGAAAGUGUAAUCUGCAUUGCUUUUCUUUUGCUGAAAUUAAAUAAUAUAAUUACCAGUGCAUUUCCUUCUCAUACCACUAACAUAUACAGUGGCAAAUACUAUACAUGUAGUUAGUUAUUGUUUAACGUCAUCACUAGAGCACUUUGAUUGAAUAAGCAUCGGCUUUUCGAUGCCAAAGAUUUGAUAAUUCAAACACGCAGUUUUUAGAAAACCCGCAAAACCCCCCCACAAAAAACACAAUCCAUUACCUUGAGGGAUCUUUUAUAUGCAUUUCCCCACUAACAGGACAGCACAUACCGAAAUCUUUGAUAUACCAGCGGUGUGAAGAAAAGCAGGUUUUCACACAGUUCUGGUUGUGGUUCUUACAAAGUAGGUUUUUGUAUUCUGCCGAUUCCAUUCAGAAUGUGAUCUAUCACUGGACAAUACAACGCAGUAGGUGUCACAAGUGUGUUAAAAUUUUAAGGCCACAUACAAAAAAUAUAUAGUGGUGAAUGUCCUUUCCACCCUUAAAAUUACAUUUAAAAAAAAAAAGUUCUUGCUAAGAAUAUGAAUAUUUCUAUAACCAAUGCAUUUUAGGACAUCGUAAUGUUUUUAUAUCGAUUUUUGUCUAAAAUAACUGCGUACGUACGAAUUUAUUAUUUAUUCUAAUGGCCAAAGAGAAAACUUUUAAUAAUGCGGCCAAAGGUCAUUUCAAAUGUGUUUAUCAGUGGCGGAUCCAGCAAAAUGACAUGAGGCGAAAUGCCAAGAGAACAUUGGGGUAGGUUUGGAGGGGGAUCGUAAACAAAUGAAAAUUAAAUAUAUAAUAAAAUUAUAAUUGUCGCAAAAUUUAGGGAGGGGGGGAGGACCCCCUUGAUCCGCCUCUGUUUAUCCAUAUAAUUCUUUAUAUUUAAGUGCUUACUUUGUUGUGGGAACAAACGGAGAUAUUGUAGGAGCUGAAAACUCGGAAUAGUCCCUCUACUGAGGUUUAAAUACGCUAUCAUGCGCAUACACCUCAACUACUAAAGCUGUAUUUUCCCCAUCACAGGACGUAACACAUUGGUAAAGCGCUCGCUUAAUGCGCGGUCGGUCUGAAAUCGAUCCCCAAUGGGCCAUUUCUCAUUCCAUCCAAUGCACCACGACUGGUAUAUCAUGUGCUAUCCUGUCUGUGGAA